AUGGCCGCCUCCAAGACACCCGCCCUCGAGCCGGCGGCAGGCUUCUCGCUGGAGUCCAGGCCCAAGCGGCCGGAUCGUGUGCCUCUCGCAAAAGGAGAAUACUCGGUCGCGUCCCGAGCUCUGGGACUCGCAACAUACUUUCUCUCGGGCGCGCUGGCUAUCAACAUCUCUCAAUUCCUGGGGUCGCCCCUGAAAUCCAUCAACGAAGACUGGUACAACGCAUGGAUCGCCUUCACCAAGCAGUCCUUCGGGCUGCUGACCAUGACCUUGACCCAGACGUUCGCGCCGACCAAGGUGGUCGUGUCUGGCGACGAGUCCGUCCGAGGUCAACUCCUGAAAUCGGCGGACGGGAAUCUGAUUCUGGAUUUUCCAGAGCGACUCGUCCUCAUCGCGAACCAUCAGAUCUACACCGACUGGCUUUAUCUUUGGUGGAUUGCAUAUUGCAACGGCAUGCAUGGCCGGCUGUACAUUAUCCUGAAGGAGUCACUGCGCAAGAUCCCCAUCCUGGGCUGGGGCAUGCAGCUUAACCAGUUCAUCUUCCUCAAGCGCAACUGGGAAGAAGACAAGCCCAACAUGGCUAGGUCUCUGCAGAAACUCAACAAGCCGACCGACCCGAUGUGGCUGCUUCUCUUUCCUGAAGGCACGAAUCUAGCACCCAGCACGCGUGAGAAAAGCGCGGCGUGGGCGAAGAAGAACAACAUCUCCGAUUGCAGGCAUACCUUGCUCCCCCGAAGCACGGGCCUGCACUUCUGCCUCGACGAACUGAAGGGCUCGGUCGAAUACGUCUACGAUGUGACAGUCGUCUACGCGGGCGUUCCUCGAGGCCAGUAUGCUCAGGACAUCUUCACCCUAAAGGCAGGGUACAUGGAAGGUCGGCCCCCCAAAUCUGUCCACAUGCACUUCCGCCGGUUUGCGGUCAAGGAUAUCCCGUUACAUGACGACCGCGCGUUCGAACUGUGGCUACGGGCCCGCUGGCGCGAAAAGGACGUGAUGAUCGAGGAGUACUAUCAGACGGGCAAGCUUCCUGCCGACUACGGCGGCACCAGGUACAAGUCUGGCAAGGUCCUCCGCGGAUGCGGACAUAUGGAGGUACCGAUUCGCGCGAGCCACUGGUACGAGUUCCUCCAGAUUUUUGCCCCCAUGGGCAUCCUCGCCAUGAUCCUGUACAUUUUCUACGGCGACCUGCCGCAGCGAUUCUGGAAGAGUAUCAACCAACAGGCGCUACAGGCGGGAACACAAGACCUCCGCAAAGCCGGAGCGCAGGCCGGGAAAGGGGUCAAAUCUGCUGGCUCGUCGCUAGGAGGACUGACGUUGGAUGAUUUCUUCCAGCCGGGCAAGCAGGAGGAGACGUUCAAGGCCGGGGCCAUGGCUGUGCAGAGGCUCAUCACGUCGCCGCAGGCCCAGACCUUGCUCAACCGCGCGGACUUUAUGCAAGCCUUCUUGUCGGAUCCGCAGAAAAUGGUAACAGACACCAUUACGGACAAGCAGCAGAGCUUCAUGCAGCAGCUAGCUCAAGAGGAAGCAAAGCGGCAACACUCUAAUGUCACUCCUCCGGCGGGGACCGGGUUCGUGAGACCCAUCCCAAGCAGGUCAUCAUCCGCAGCAACAGCACCAGGAACAGUAAAGGGACCUCCGUCUGCCAAAAGAGGCGAUUUCUAUAAUCAACUCAAUUCCGAGGAGAGAAGCAGAGCUGGAUCGGUCACGUCACAUCCAGCAAAGAAGGGAACAUUCUACGACAGCUUGAAAGCCGAGGAACAAAGCCGUCGCGGCUCCGUCGUCUCCGUCCCGGUCUCGACAAACAGCGUGAACCAAUCAAACCGAAGAGGUAACGGUACAUUCUGGCAGGAGCUGAAAGACGCCGAGGUCAAGAGAAUCGCUUCCGCCCCGGCGGCGAAGACGCCCCUGACGAGCAAGAAUCUCGCAUCGAAAGGAACCUUCUGGGACGAGGUCAAGAAGGAGGAGAACACCAGGAAGGGCACCGUCGUGACGCUGUCAAGCAAUGCAACCACAGCUGUAGCAUCGCAGAGUUCCAUGUCCUCCUCUACCUCCUCCCAGCGGGCGCCUCCCAAGUUGCCGUCCAAGAAAGCGGGCUCCAGUGCUGUGAAGCAAAAUGGGCCAAACGUGGCCAAGGGGCAGAAAGCGGUGCCCAAACCAUCGACUGCCGCCCAAAAUGCGGUCCAGAAGCCAAAGAUAUCGGCGCCAGCAUCAGGAGCGUCAACGAAAAAGCCGGAACCUGUGGCUCCCUCGACUGCGGCCGUGAAGAAGGGCGCGUCAUCACCUGGUGCUAAGCAAAGUGCUGCGAAGCCAGCACCAGCAUCGGCCACGAAGCCUCUGCCCAAGUCGACAGCAAACACUGGCACGCCAAAGCCACUUGCGCCGAUCAAGAAGCAGCCAGCGACAGCAACAGCAACAGCGCCGCCAGCUUCGAAGGCCACGGCCCAGAAGAAGCCUGCAACCACGCCGGCCACAAAAGUGAAAACGCAACAAGCACAGAAAGCAACGCCACCAAGGGUACCCUCGACGUCCACCAAGAGUACCGGCCCGGCAGUGAAGAAGCCACCAUCAUCCAACGCUGCUGGGCCGCCCAAGUUGAAGCCGACGGCGAAGAGCUGA